AUGAUUGCACGUGCAGAAGCAGAAAGUCGUCCGGAAGAUGUCCAGUUACUGAUGAAAAUUGGCCUGAAGCAAUUCAACGCACAGUUUUUCACAGUCCCGGUGCAGUUUAUGCGCGAAAUCACUCAUAUGGCAUGUAGCAAACAUGAGGAACAACUGCAGUGCGGCGCAAUAUUUGAGGGCGCUGAGGUAACACUUCGACGAAUUGAGGAUCUGAAGACAAUCGGCAACCACAAGCUAAUGUUCGAUUAUGAAUGUGCGGAUAAGGAAUUUGUGCCUAGCGUUUAUCCAUGCAUCGGUCUUAAUGUCGCACUGUGGACUGCCAACUGCGCUGAGGUUUUCCGCAUUCCCAUUAAAUCAAAAAUUCCUAAACACAAUGUUGUGACCCAUUUCUAA